AUGCUCUGUCGCUCAAGAGGAAGACUUAGUGGGUUUGACGUAAAAGCCUUGUAUCCAUACGGUGUUCCCAAACGUACCUUUCCAUACCGUGAGCAUCCCAAACAGAUUUCCACAGCACCCACAGCUGGCGGAUUUUACAUUACAAAACAUGCCCUUGGUUGGCCUUUUCAGAUUCCAUUUGAAUGGCUUUUCUACAGGACAUCCAUCGCCGCCUUUAUCGCUUGCGUGGUAUACGACCUUUUCUUUGGAAUUCCUCUUCCACUAAUGAAGGAAAUUCCACCAGGAGCGCCAAAGCAUUUUUUUCUUAACAAUGCAGGUGGGUCUCCGCAUCACUUUUGGCAGUAUCAAGAUGGAUGGAAGGUGCCAAAUAUGUCUGGCGCGCGUCGUUGGGUAGAUUAG